UAAAUUGAGUAGAGGUCUGUAUGGCUUCGAAUCUGAGCUUUUGGGUACUCUUUGCAGAAAACCUGCUUCUCCUCCUUCAUAAUCAGUUGAAUAAAAAAGAUUGGCCAUGUAGUGAAACCUCUGGAAAUUCCAAAACAGGUAGUUGAAAUACCUGGAAAAAGUUCAAGAAAUUUCAAAUAACUACUCAAAGUAAUUUUUGUCAAAAGAGUAAUUAUGGAAGAUGAUUAUGAUGAAGAUAUUGAUACUGACAGAGGUUGGUACGAUGAUACUAACAUGGAUCAUGAUUCAGAAUCACCAUCAGCUGAGGAUCAAGAAGCAAGAAAUGCUCUUAUUCAACAGGAAUGUUUAGAAAAAUUCAGUAGUCAGGAUUUUAUUAUGGAACCAGAAAUAUUUGUUCAAUUAAAACGAUACUUUCAAUCUGGUGGUAAUCCAGAACAAGUAAUUGAUCUUUUAUCUGAAAAUUACCAUGCAAUUGCACAAACUGCAAAUUUAUUAGCUGAAUGGUUGAUUAUGGCUGGCAUGAAAAUAUCAGAAGUUCAAGCUCUUGUUGAAGACCAUCUGAGAGAGGUGAUAAUAAGACAUUUUGAUCCUAAGAAAGCUGAUUCUAUAUUUACAGAAGAAGGUGAAACACCUGGGUGGUUGACAGAAAUGGUUGACCAUCAUACCUGGAGAUCACUUAUCUAUAAACUUGCUGAAGAUUAUCCUGAUUGUCUUAUGUUAAAUUUUACUAUCAAACUUAUUUCAGAUGCUGGUUAUCAAGGUGAAAUCACAAGUAUUUCUACUGCUUCUCAGCAGCUUGAAGUGUUUUCACGAAUUCUGAAAACUUCAAUAUCAAAUUUUUUGGAAGGUGGAGAGGAAGAAUUACAGAAGAAUCUGCAUGAAUUUACCAGAAUGGUUUGCCAUGGAGAACAUACAUAUUUGUACAGUCAAACACUGCUACAUUUGCUUGCUCAAGAGCCUAGGGGAGGUUCUAACAUAAAGCGUCUUUCUCAAGAAACUAGUCGUUAUGUUCAAGGAACAGAACAUAAUGCUACACCUAUAACUAUGGCUUUAAAUGGUGCCACCGGUGUGCCCCGUGCUUGCCAGGCACUUUCAGCAAUGCUGUGCAAAAAUGCACUCAAUCCUGCUGAUAUUACUGUUUUGUUCAAAAUGUAUCAAGCUGUGGAACCACCACCUGUUGAAUUUAUACGAGUUCCUCAGUUUUUAGAUCUUCUUAUGGAUGCCUUAUUCAAGCCUGGAAUGAAAAUUAAUCCUGAACAUAAACCUAAGUAUAUUUACUUACUUGCAUAUGCUGUAAGUGUCCAUGAAACAUAUAAAAAAGGUGCAAGGAAGAGUGUGAAUAAAGAAGAACUGAAAACUACAACACAGGCUAUUGAAAAAGUACAUAUGAUUUGUAAUGAAAAAAAAGGAUCUUCAGAACUUAUACCAGAAUUGAAUACUUUAUAUCAAUGUAUAAGAUUUCCUGUUGUUGCUUUGGGUGUUGUUAGGUGGGUUGAUUUCACAGUUUCAGAAAAAAGUUAUUUUAAAUUAUCUACAGAACAUACACCUUUACACUUAGCUCUGCUGGAUGAAGUUGCUACAUGCCACAACACGUUGCAUCAAAAAGUAUUGGAACUUUUGAUUAGGUUGUUUGAAAUGCCUCAAGAAGAUCUAGAUGUUUUGGUUCAAUUAGAAAUGAAAAAAAUGCUUCUUGAUAGAAUGGUUCAUCUUUUGAGUCGAGGAUGUGCAGUUUCAGUUGUUAAUUAUAUAAAGUCUUGUUGGCAGCGCCAAGAUACUGAUAUAUCUUUAAUACGUUAUUUUGUAACUGAAGUUCUUGAUAUAAUUGCUCCCCCAUAUACUGCUGAAUUUGUUAACUUGUUUUUACCUUUAGUUGAGAAUGAGGAAAUAACUGGUACGAUGAGAUCUGAAGGUGAAAAUGAUCCUGUUUCAGAAUUUAUUAUGCUUUGUAAAUCAAACUUUAUGUUGGUAACUAAUUAAAUAUAUGCCUAUAUUUUAUAAUUUAUUUGAAUGGAGUGAAUAAUUUUCUUGACUGGUGUUAUGUUAUAAAUAAAACAUUUUAUGCUAUGGU